UAUACCAAAAACAUUCUGCCUACACCUGCUUUAACAUGGUGCUGUAUAAUUCUUGAAAGAAAACCAUGCAAAACCAUGCUCCUGACCUGUGACCUCUCCAUUCAGGAGGAAAUUCAAACACUGAUCAAUAAGUCUAUCAUUAGGAAAAUAAGUAAGAUUACACCUCCAAAUGAAACAUUAGGGUCAUUUAUGAUUUAUAGAAAUGUUGAGAGGUGGAGAAGAGGUAAUGUUUCCAAGGUGGAGGUAAGGUGAGCUCUGUACAGUUGGUAAACUGAUGCCCCUUUAAAAAACCGCGCAGUGACGUCACAUAGUUUUGACGUUGGGGGGGUGCAAAGCCAAGCAGGAGAAACAGAAGCAGAAGGAGAAGAAGAAGGGAGCGGAUGUGGUACCCAGCAGCAGCAGCAGGGUGGAGGAUGCUCAGGAUAAUGUCACCGCUUUAUUAUUCCCUCUCCCGCCUCUCCGUAUCAUGAUAAACGCUGCUGGGGCGGUCGUCCGCAGGAUGCCGUCGGCUGCCCGGCGGAGCGGCUGUUGGAUCGCCUGGUGCCAGGCGGCGCUGCUCGGCGCGUCGGCGCUGGUUAUCGUGGCCGAACGGACCGCUCUGAUCUACUGUAUAGGGUUUUACCUUUGGAACGAGGAGACGCAGUGGGCGGGCCUCACUCUCGGCCUCUUCCUACCGGGGACGGCUGUUCAGCUGCUAAGUAUGAAAUGGUACUAUGACGACGGUGAUGACAGGCGAUGCUACCUCUCUGUCAUACACAUACUGCACUUGGGCAUCUUCAAAAGGUUGUGGGACUGCAUGAGGUCUGUGCUGCGCAUGCAGGGCUCGGUGGCCGAGCUGGGAGCUGCUGUCAUGCAGCAGGCAGAUGUUGCUGCUCUCUGGUUGCUGGAGGCCCUCGUCCUCACGCUGCCACAGAGCCUGUUGCAGGCAUAUGUGGUGGUGUCCACUGAUGUGGGCAUCAUGUCCCCGGUGGCGUAUUGCUGCGGUCUGUGUGUGCUGUCUAUUUCCUGGGCCCUGGUGCUGUACAGCAGAGCCUGCUGUCUUAUACGACCAGGCCACCUGGCCAUGCCUCCGGCAGCUCUGCUGUGCCAGCUGGUGUGGAGGGCAGGCAUGCUGGGCGCAAGGGUGACUUGCCUCAUGUUCUUUGCCAGGGUCUUCAACUGGUGGGUCUGUGGAGUAGCAGGUUUCCACUGGCUCACGGCCUCCUUCUGGCUGGUAUCGCAGCAACCAGACAUCUGCACCGGCCCCUGGUGUUGGCGUGCCUUCAACGGCAUCAUGGGGCUCGUCCACAUCUUCCUCUUCCUCAACGUCAAAGACGGACCAUCGCGCUACCGCAUGGCCAGUUUUUAUGCAUUCAUGCUCGUAGAGAAUGCCACUCUGCUGCUGGCCGCCUCCGACUUUCUCAGCGAAGCAUCGUGGGACAGCAUGGCCCUUCCCACCACUGUUCUGUGUAGCUUUCUCCUCGGCGCCACCUCUCUUGUCCUAUACUACCGGUUCCUCCACCCCAAGUCAACAGAGAUCUCCCAGGGUACGAACCACAACCACAUGGGCAGCACGUGUAUAGAACGAGGGGAGUCUUCCUACUCUCUCGGGGACAAAAGCAUGCCGGCUGCCGCCAUUCAAAACCACGGCAGCUUCUCCCUCUCAGGCGUGGCCGGUUCUCUGCUGGAGCACCCAGGAACCUGCGGGGGCCGGGCGAACAGCUCCUGCCCUUGUUACCACCACCACUGGCUCUUAAUCCGGCUGGCUCUGAAAACGGGAGACCUGGGAAAGAUCAACAGAGCGUACGGGGCUGGCGGAGCAGCAGCCAUACUGGACAUGGAGGAGUACAACCAAGUGUUUAAGAGCAACGAGGGCAUGACCAUCACGGCGGGGGGCAGCUGCGAAGGGGUCUCCACUUCUGAGUCCCAGGGGAAAGGCCUGGCACCUCUCUCGGACUGCAAAGACGAGUUCCAGAGUGUGAGCGAGCCCACGUCAACCGAACAACCGGAAGAGGAGGACGACAGUCUGGAGAUGGAGAGCCCGAUGGAGUCACCCGCAUCAGAUUUCAAACGGAGCUCACCAGAGGGCAAGUCUGUGUUUGGAGACAGUCCGGAGCCGUACUUUUGCCCUACAGAGUCCAGUUCAACCUUAUAUUUCAGCGCUGACCCUCAGUCUCCCAGCAGCACCAGUAACCCCCGUUUGGACCGGGACAUUGGGGGUCUGGAACAGGGGGUGCGCCUCAACUCGAUCCCCAGCGAUCCAGCCCUCCACAGAGAUAUUCGUGGGCUCAUGGGCCGGGUCGGGCCACGCUGUACUUCCACUCCGAAAUUGGACUCCGGAGUGCUGGACUCCCCGUCUAGCAUCCCUCAUCUCACAGGUCCCAGAAGGCAGCUUAUAAUGUCACGAAGAGAUGAAGAAGAUACCUUCUAAGCUUCUCUAGGCAAUCAGGGAAAGAGCAUCAGCAACUUAUCCAACAUUAAAGGAAUACACCAGCUUUUUGGAAGGCUGCUUUUUCAUCUGCUCAGUGCUGUAGGAUGAGAAGGCAGACAAGACAUUUCACCUCUUUAUGUCUAUAUAUUUACUACACUGUGGGGGCAUAGUAUAUGCAACAAUUUUGGGAUAACGCUAAGCUGGACUGUAUUAUUCUCAAAUUAUUUUUUAAAAGCAUUGCUUUGCCCAAAUGCUGGACACACAGAGGUGAAACCUUCAGCAGUGUUUUCAUCAGACACGAAGAAGAUAAUUAAUCGGCCACAAAGGUGGUGUAUGGAGCUCAGACACUACCUUCUACCUGACGUAACAUUUUUUUUCUAUUCUUUUUGUAGCAAGUAACUUAACCUCAAAAAUUAUAUUGUGCAACAAAGUGAACACUGGUUCCGCCAGAUUGUAAUCACAUAUUGAGGAAGUAGCCAUGAGUUCUAUCAUUAAACAUCAUUAGAAAUAUGCUGCUGUUCUAUGAUCUCGGACACCUGAUGGUCUCUGUAUUACUAACCAAAACUGCUUUUAUUCAUGUUAAUAAUUGCAAGCAGUUAUCAUGAGAAUAGAGAAACUAUUCCUAGAUCUAAAAGGGACAGGAGUGUCUGAUCUCUGAGUCGUACCAUCUCAGCAUAAGCCAGAGCUUUGUUGGCCUCUGAAAAGCACAAGUAUCUUCUGUACCAUACAUCUAUUGCUGUGAUUUUUUGUUAUUCCAAUUAAAAAAAUAAUAAUCCCCAGUCCCCUCAAAGAAUAAUACACUGUAUUUUUUGUAUAAUCAUGUCAACUGGCCUCGCUUUAAGCGGGGCUAGUGUGUCAACCUGGCAAAAACUGUGUUUGAUGUUUUUAUCUUUAUUUACAUGUUGACCAUGUAAUUGCUAAAAUGUCUUUCUAAUUUACAUUAUGUUUGGGAAAAAACAUAUGUCUCAGGCACUGACUUUAAAAGCUUCCAAAUGUCUAUUGUGUAACAAAAGGAAAAUAUGCUAAUGAGCUACUUGUAGUGACAUUUUAAUGUGCUCUUGAUUGCUAGAUGAUUUCAAGGGCACAAAUGCAUAUUUGCUCAUUACUGUUCUGUAAAAGGAAUGAAAUCCACUAACAAAGCAAUGAAAUGAUGCUGGGUUUUCUCUUGCACCCAGGUGACUGCCUAUAUGACAUUUUGAACUGUGAAGUGCAAGGCCACUGGUGGCUUUAAAUAAGCAAUAAAUAACCUACAUAUUGGGGUGACUGGAA